UAGCGCUCUGUCGUAAUUCUCUGUGAUUCUCGAAGAGUUUGCGCCAGUUAUAUUCCGUUGCGUUCAGUUGCUAUUCUAAGCUUACUCUGUUUGCGUACUGCCUACUGUUUCUCCAGGGAGGCUUUUAUCAUAAGGGUCCAGGCUGGGUGUUGCAUCUGCUGCAGUCAUGGCGAAACGCAGGAUAACACAGGAGACCUUUGAUGCUGUGGUUAAAGAAAACAUUGAGGAGUUUGACAUGGAGGGCAGCGAAGCUUUGAAAGAGGCCAUCGAGCAGUUUGAAUCUCAGGGUGUGGAUCUCAGCUUCAUUGUUAAAGCAGUGCCCAAAGUUUGUUCUGAAGAAAACUCGGAGGAUCAACCUCAUGAGGUUCUUCAGGCUUUAGAGUCUCUCAGAAAUGCAGUGGCGUCAUCGUCCGCAUCUGUCCUGGAGGAUCUGAGAGUCUUCACCCAGCAGUGCUCUCUCGGCUUCGCACAACGAUACCUGGCGGCUCAAAAGGAGGCGUAUCCCACGAUUCUCGCUUGCUGCCAGAGAGCCGGUGACGAGAAGGAAGCCCUUUCGGUUGCUCUCGCCGCCCUCUCGGCGCUAACAGACGGCCAGCCCGAUCUCCUGGAUGUGGAAGGUCGAGAGUUUUUGAUCAGCGCUUUAACUGCGCACCAGACGGAUCCCGCUCUCACCUGCUUGUGUAUCCGUGUCGUACGGCACUUCUCUCUGAAACACGAGAACAACCGGCAGGGUUUGGUGAAGGCGGGCGUGCUGCCGCUGCUCACCGGGAGCAUCACGCGCCACAUUGAACUUCCCGAGGUCGUGAAGGAGGCCUGUGUCGCGCUGAGGAUCAUGACCUUUGAUGAUGACGUGCGUGUUCCCUUUGGACAGGCUCAUGAACAUGCCAGGAUGAUCGUGGUAGAGCAGAACGGACUGAAAGUUAUUGUUGAAGCUGCUAAAGCUCACUCAGGAAACGCCUCAGUGCUCAGUGAACUCUGUGCCACUCUGUCCCGUCUGGCCGUGAGAAACGAGUUCUGUCAGGACAUCGUGGACCUCGGAGGCCUGAACUUCAUGAUCACACUCCUGGCUGACAAUCUAGAUUGUCAGGAGCUCGUGAAGCAGGUGCUCAGCGCAUUGAAGGCUAUCGCAGGAAAUGAUGACGUCAAAGAUGCCGUCGUUAAUGCAGGCGGGGGGGAAUUUAUCAUCAUGGCCAUGAACCGUCACAUGUCCAAUGCACAGGUGUGUGAGCAGGGAUGUGCGGCGCUGUGUGUCCUUGCUCUCCGCAAACCCAACAACUGUAAGGUCAUCAUGGAGUGUGGUGGAGCGCUGGCGGCUCUACAGGCCAUGAAGAACCACCCGGCUGAAGUUAAUGUGCAGAAACAGUCCUGCAUGCUGCUGAGGAACCUGGUGGCGCGCUCACGUGACUUCACUCAGCCCAUUCUGGAGAUGGGAGCGGAGGCGCUGAUCUCGCAGGCUCUGACGGCUCACAGGGACUGUGAUGACGUGGGUCGAGCCGCGCUGAGAGACCUCGGCUGCCAGGUGGAGCUACGAGAACUCUGGACAGGGAAGAAAGGAAGCCUGAGUCACUGAACUGUUGCCUAAUGUCUGCUAACAAUCACGAUUAAAUCAUGUGACAACAUGUCCUAACUGUGGAGGUCAUACGUAUGUGAUCAAACAUCCUUCCAGUAGAACUGAAGUGCAUCUGACAUCAGACCACGUGAAUAAGAUGCAUUACAAGUUACAGUGUAGAUAUGUGUGUUUUUUAGUCUAAACAGGUUAUUGCAGAUAUUUAUAGUUUGUACAAUGUUUUUAACCACUGUGCUUGUUCUGGAUUCAUUUGAGCUGAUGUUCACUAAAUUCAGAAGUGCAUUGCUGGAUUGCAUUUAACCCUUAGUAUAUUUAAUGUAAGGACCAUCAUCCAGCGCUGUAUCCUAUAUGAGCGUUCACCGCAGUGCUUUUGAUGCUUUUUUUUUGUACCCUUUCAUGCACAACAUGACAUCUCAGUUGUAAGUGUUGAUUCUGUGUUUAAACCUGCUCUGUACUGGAACCGUUUGUGUUUGAUUAAAUCAAGCAGCUCUGGAGUCACAUUGCCAUGUUUAUAUGAGUUUUGCACUGGCCAGGGUACAAAAUGUACCAUUGUAAAUGUAUAUUAAAAUACAUUAGUUAUAGUUGCAGCUGUAAAAUCAUAAUAAAUGAAUAUCGUAAUCCAGUAUGUAUUAUAA